UGUGUCGGGUCAUGGGUCAUGGCUUCUAAUAGGGAUCCAAGGCGUCCAACCCAUUGAAUUGCUCCAUUGAAGCGCAUUCAACGUUCUCCAUUGAAGCGCAGUUGCCGUUCUCCGUUGAAUAUAGUUCUUGUAUCCCCCAUUGAAGCAGCUUCUGAGGAUUCAACUAUGAAAUCAGAGCUCUUUUCCCUGGGCCCAGGGCUGCCGCCCCUCCUGCCCUUCCUCAGGGACGGGCCUGGAUGGAACUAUGAACCAGAACCUUUUCUCCCUGGGCCCAGGGCAGCCGCCCCUUCUGCCCCGGCUCAGGGGCGGGCCUGCGUGUACUUUGCAGCGUCAAUUACUUCUCACAAGACCAGUGAAUUUGAAUUGGUCCAAGGUGUAUUGCAUAUAUUGCAGGGUAAUUCAAGCCCCUUGUUUGUUUGGGAUGAUAAUCAAUGUCGAUUUUAUGUCAAAACUGGGAUGUAUGUUUCUCACCUCUCUCAAACGAGUUUGCAUGAUGUUCUCCAUCAGUUUUUGUAUGCUGCAACUUGUUUGAGGCUAGUAGAGCUUGUUGUAGAACGAAUUGAGAAAGAGGGGAAAUACUUUCCUACGUUGAGGGCAUUCGGGAGCUCAGUUUCAUCUUGGCUCAAGAGGUUGCGAGACAUUGCAUUGAAGGAAGAUGUAAAGAUAAAUGACUCUGAUCCAAGGACUGUUCCAACACUUCUGGGGAUGGCUAACUCUUUGUCCAGCCUUUGUUCAGGGGCUGAGUUUUUGUUACAAAUGGUUCGUGAAGCUGUCCCAAAAUUCUGGCUUGAUUCUCAGCAUUCUGCCCCUGCUGCUGAAGUGGCCGUCCAUAUCCUUGAUCAGCUUUACAAGAAGCUAAAUGAAACUUGUCUUGUGCAGGGUGGUGAGGAGGAGGCAUAUAGGAUGCUUCUUUAUUUAUUUCUUGGAAGUCUAUUGCCAUAUAUUGAGAUCCUUGAUUCCUGGAUUUUUGAAGGGAUUCUCGAUGAUCCUUAUAAUGAGUUGUUCUUCUAUGAAAAUAAAUCUGUGUCAAUCAAUGACACUGAAUUUUGGGAGAAGAGCUAUCUUUGGAGAUCCCUAUCACAUCAAAAACUUGACGCUGAGAUCUCAAGCAUGGCUCUUAAGCAGCAAGCAUGCCCAUUAUUUAUUAAGGACAUAGCUAAGGAAAUUGUUUCUGCUGGAAAGUCUCUGCAGUUGAUCAGGCAUGUUCCAAUGUCUUCAAGUAUGACAUCACCUUCAGGAGGGAGAUAUCAGGACUUGGGGGGUUUUAGAAGUACUUGCGGUGUUAAAAAUCUUAGUGAAUCCCAUAGAGGGUACAGUACAGUAGGAUUGACAUUGGUAGAGCUAUUUUUUGUGUCCGUGGCUGGUAUGAUAGGUCAUGGUGAUCAUGUGUACAACUACUUUAUGCAAAAUGAUUUAGCCUCUAUGAUUCCUUGUUUAUUUCGAUGUGAAGUGGAGAAACAGCAUCUUGGAGAAAUAGAGAGUGAGAGUUCUAAUAUGAAAUGCCCAAGAAAGGCCUGGGUUGAGUUUUUGGAUAGUACAUUACAGAAAAGAGACGCUUCUCGUCAAGUUAAAACCAUGUUGCCUCAUUGUAAAAGAGAUGUUGAGACUGGUUUGGUAAAUGAAAUCCAACUUCUGAAAUCUUUCUGUCCUGAAAACCCAGUUAUUACUGUUUGUAAAAAAUUACUGAACAGGAAUAGAGAUGCCUUAGAAACCUUGACCUUGUCAAAAAAUGCAAAUCUUCCCCCAUUAAAUGAUGAGGAUUUACGGGAGGCUGUUUUCAAUAUUGAGAACAAAGGGUCUUUAUUAACCAAGCAAACUAAUUUCACUUUUGGUUUUCAACAUAGUGAGUCUCAAUUGCUUCGUUCAAUAGAAGAGACAAAAGUUUUAGAAGCUAUGUUUCCCUUUCCUACAGUUCUCCCUUCAUACCAGGAGGACCUUCAGAUGUCAGAAUUGUUACCUCUCCAGAAAAAUAGUACUUUGCCCUCCAGAAUUCUUCGCUGGAUUCAAAUUGCCGAACCAAAGGGCUCCCCCCUUCCUACAGUUAUAUUGCAUGAAUGUCUGAAAGUUUACAUCAAUAAGCAGGUGGAUAUUAUUGGAAGUCACAUGCUGUCAAAGUUACUCCAGGACUGGAGACUGAUGGAUGAGCUUGAAGUGUUGCGUGCUAUAUACUUGUUAGGUUCAGGGGAUCUUCUCCAGCACUUCUUGUUAGUGAUUUUCAAUAAAAUGGAUAAAGGAGAAUUAUGGGAUGAUGAUUUUGAGCUGAAUAUAAUACUGCAGGAGUCAAUCAGAAAUUCGGCAGAUGCCAUGCUAUUGACUGCACCAGACUCAUUGGUUGUCUCCAUCAUAAAACCUCAUGGUCUUGAUGGUAGUGAUCAUCAGAAUGCAAAUGCUAUUCCAUCUACCCCUCGUAGAGGUCAUGAUAAUAUCUCGGGCGUUAAUGGUCUUGAUGUACUCAACUUCACCUACAAGGUUUCUUGGCCACUUGAACUUAUUGCUAACACUGAGGCAAUUAGAAAAUAUAACCAGGUGAUGCAUUUCCUAUUGAAAGUUAAGCGUGCAAAGUUUGUACUUGACAAAGUUCGGAGAUGGAUAUGGAAGAAAAAAGGUUUAGUGACAGUCAACUUCAAGCACCAUUGGUUAGUGGAACAGAAACUUUUGCAUUUUGUGGAUGCUUUUCACCAAUAUGUGAUGGAUAGAGUCUAUCAUAGUGCCUGGCGUGAGAUGUGCCAAGGUAUUGCAGCAGCAUGUUCUUUAGAUGAAGUAAUUGAAGUACAUGAAGCCUACUUGCUAUCAAUACAAAGACAAUGCUUUGUUGUUCCUGAUAAGCUGGGGGCACUAAUAGCCAGCAGGAUAAACACUAUCCUUGGAUUGGCUCUGGACUUUUACUCGAUACAGCAGACACUUAAUAGUGGUGGAGCUAUUUCUGCUAUUAAAACGAGAUGUGAAAUGGAAGUGGAACGUAUUGAGAAGCAGUUCGAUGAUUGCAUUGCCUUUCUUCUCAGAGUAUUGUCCUUCAAGAUCAAUGUUGGACACUUUCCACAUUUGGCAGAUUUGGUGACUAGAAUAAAUUACAACUACUACUACAUGUCUGAUAAUGGAAACAUGAUGACAGCCCCUGGAUCUGAAUCAGUGAAGUUGGGAAAGGCCUUUCCAAGCAGACCUGGGUGAUUGGAUUCCCCACGUUUGUUUUUUUAUUUCCCAUUUGUAUCAGAACGACAGAAUCGUUCUGUGUAAUGCCAGUCAAAGGUAGAAGUUGCGCGACAUGCCAACUUUUCCCCUCCACAAGUUUUAAUGUUCCAGGAUUGCCUGAAAUUUAGCUGUUGAUGCAGAUACCCUUAUCAUACUAGCUAAAGCAGGCAAGCUGGUGAGGAUAUGGGCUAAAAGUUGUUUUGUCUAGCUGCAGCUUGUAUAUAGAAUAUCUAGCUGGCUAAAAUUGUGUAUGUGUGUGUGUGUGUGUGUGUAGGUGUGUGUGUUCCAAAGCACUGCACUGAUCGUAUGUAAUUGAUGUAAUUUAUUCUUGGUGGAUUAUAUUUUAGGGUGUUGGUGUCCUUGCUAGUUGCUACUCGUUUCAUGUACUCAUUUUUGCAGUGGUAACAUAUUCUUUUGUAUAGGGCCAGCGUUUGUGGUUCUUAUGAACAGUUGGCACAUUGUUUUGGACAAUUUUGCUUAUAGGAUGUUCGAUCUGUCUUAUAGGGGGUGCCAAAUUGCCAAUGAUU